AGCAAAACAAAUCAAUGCAUUGGAUAUAUUUGAAUAUGUAUACCUUAUUUUUUUUACCUCUUUAUCAGAGAGGAGGCAUUGCUUCACCAUCAAUCUUCUAAAGUCAUAAUUUGAUCCUUGUUUAAAAAAUAUUUUAAAAACUUGACUAGCAUGAAUUUUUAUAUAUAAAGCAGAGCCAGAAAAAGGAUUACAUAUGAUUUUGUGAUUUGACCAUUACAUAGUUUUGGGUUGUAUCAACAAUGUCCCUUUUGCCUUCUGAAUUCCUCUCUGUGUGUUUCAUUGACAAUUGUCAAUGAAACUAUUGACAAUUAUAUCACCAUCAACCUUCCCCAUGUUCUCCUUAUAUUAUCCCCUUCUCCAAUCCCUCAAAAAAAAGUUUUCAUAACAAAGACAGUUAAUGAAAUAAAAUAUACACGUCUUGACCAGGUGUAAACAUUUUUUUUCUAGUUCAAGGAAAUAAGAUUUUUGAGCCUGUUUUCUUGAUAUGUGUAGAUUUGCUUAUAAAUGAUAUGUGUAUGCCACUACAGUAAUUGCAUACACUUUAAAAAAUAGAAACUAGAAGUGUGAGGUAAAGAUGAAAAAAUACCUGAUCUUACAUAGAUAGCAGUAAAUUUAUUGACUAGAGAAUGUACUUUAGGAAAUGUCACUAGCAGCUAUGUAGGGAGUCAAUUUGAGUGGGGAAGGAUAGAAUUGCAAUAGACCAAGUAAGGGGUUGUGAGGUACUACAUUGGAGUAGUGGUUGUGUGAGGAGAGUGACUGAUGCAAGAUGUAGCAACAGAUUGGAUAUGUGAUAUGGGAGGGAAAAUGCGAACUCAAAGACAAAAGGUUGAGAAUGGGAAGAAUGGUUGAUGGCUUUAAUAGCAAUGGAGACAUUUGAAAGCUGGAAAGGUUUGGUAGGUGGGUGGGGUGGGAGUUAUCUGUGAGAUUAAUAAAUCUGAAAGUAAGGAAACCACUGAACUAAUAAAACUAAAAGGAAGAAAAUGACCAGUAUCAAAAAUGAAAAGAGUGAAUUCACUACUAAUGAAGAGGGAAUUAAAGCAAUAUUAGGAGUUAUUUUACCCACUUAUAUGCCAAUAAAUCUUAUAACCUAAGUAAAAUGAAUGAACAAAUAUUCAAAAUGACAAACUGCUUGGAUGAAAUAGAAUAUUUAAACUAUCUUAAAUUGAACAAGCCAUCAAAGAACUCUCUUUAUAAAAAACCCUUUAUAAAAAUAGGCACUGAAGUAGUUCUAUCAGAUUCCUUUUAUGAUACAAAUAUAGUAGUUGUAGUCUCUCGGUAGCUGAGAAUGACAAUUGUCUUUGUGCAUUAUCAUCUAUAAGAUAGAUGAGUGUUCACAAAGAUACUUGUGUGUGAAGGAGAUUUAAGUGGAAAAGUCGAUGCACAGAGACAGUCCCACUCUCUUGGCAUUGGAAGCCUGGGUCCAGUGGCACGAAAAGUCGUUACACCUGGAGACUUCCUGAGCUGCAUUGGAUGGCCAUGUUGUCUUUUGUGCUCUAACAUGCCUUAAGCACUCCACAGUGCUUUGCUGCAUCGCCAUCUCAGCCGUUGAACCUUCUUAUUGGUUUCUUCCUUCUGUUCAGCCAAAGCAGUCUUCACAUGCUGGAUGAGCAAAGCCCUGGUUCACCAGGGGUCGACGACCCGAUGGCUACCCUCACAAGGUUUAGCCGGCCUGUCGAAGCCAUUGCCCGGGGUGUGGCCGCUGCCACAUGCUAGCAGCUACUGGGAGCCACAAGUGAGAGCUGGGUGUCAGGUGAGGGUCAGAGGCUGGGGAGCUGCCCUAGGAGGGCACAACAAGCCCUCCAUACCAGUUACUACCCCUCCCUGAACACCCCAUACACCCCACAAAUAUAGUACUGAUACAUAAAACAGGAAGAGCAAAAACAAAACUAUAGAUCAAUUUUUGUAUUAAAUAAUGAUGCAAAAAAAAGUACUAGCAAAGAGAUAUCACAAGGAUAAUUCACUAUGACCCAGUGGGAUUUAUACCAGGAAUGCAGAACUGAUUUAAUAUUAGGAAAACUAUCAGCAAAAUUGGCCACAUCAAUAACAAAACUAAGAAAAAUCACAAGAUUUUCUGAAAAGAUGCAGAAAAAGCCUUUGACAAAAUACAACCAUUUCUAUUAAAAACCACCAGAAAGCUAAGAAAUAAAUGGGGCUUUUCUUAAAAUAAUUAUCUAAAAUCAGUAAGCAUUAUCUGUAAUAGAGACAAGCCCUUCCUGAUAAAAUCAGAGUUCCAGGAAGCCAGGAUCUCCAUUAUCACCAUAAUUAUUCAAUAUUGUACUAGAAAUGCUAGCUAUAGCAGUAAUAGAAGAAAAAGAAAUGGAAGGAAUUAGGCAAUGAAGGAUCAAAACUAUCAUUCUUUGCAUGUGAUGAUGUGAUGGCAGAGAAUCCUAGAGAAUCAAAUAGAAAUUUAGUUGAAAUAAAUUUAGCAAGAGGUAGAAAAAAAAGUUUCAGCUUAAAUUAACUAAUGAUAUAAAAUACCUGGGAUCCUAUCUGCCAAGACAAACACAGGAACUAUACAAACACAAUUACAAAACACUAUACACAAGUUAGAUCUAAACAUAAAUUUCUCUGUGUAAGACCAGCCAAUAUAAUAAAAAUGAUAGUUCUCCCUAAAUUAAUCUACUUAUUCAUUGCCAUAUCAUUAAAUUGCCAAAAAAUUAUGGAGCUAGAAAAAAAAUUCAUGUGGAAGAACAAAAUCAAGAAUAUCAAGGGAAUCAAUGAAAAAAAGUGAAGGUGGGCCUCUCAGUACCGGGCCUCAAACUAUUACAAAGCAGUAUCAUCAAAACAAACUAGUACUGGCUAAGGAAUGGAAUGAUAGACCAGUGGAAUAGAUUAGGGACACAACACAGUAAUAAAUGACUAGUAAUUUAAUGUUUGAUAAAUCAAAAGAUCUAAGAUUUUGUGGUAAAAACUCACUAUUUGACAAAAACUGGGAAAAUUGGAAAAUGGUAUGGCAGAGAUUGAGGAUAGAUGAACAUUUCAUAACAUAGAUCAAGAUAAGGUCAACAUGUGUACAUGAUUUAGACAAUAAAGGGUGGUACCAUUAGUGAAUUAUCGGAGCACAGAAUAGUUUAGAUUUAUGGAUAAGGGAAGAAUUCAUGACCAAAUGAGAUAGUUAAUUAACAUUACCAGAUGUAAAAUGGAUAAUUUUGAUUAUAUUAAAAUGUUUUCAUAAAAAAGAAUCAUGAUUAGAAUGAUGACAACUGAAAAACUUUUUCACAGUGACAAAUUUAUGAAAAUGGAAGUCCUGAGGGGGCAGAGGCAAGAUAAUAGUUUAGUAGCAGCAAAAGCUGAAACCACUCUGAGAAUCCUUGCAAACCAAUCUUUUAAAAGCAUCCCAAAAUGACAGGAGACAAAAACCAACAGCAAGACAGAAUGAGGAUGCUCUUCUGCUGAACACAACUUGAAAGGGAGAGAGUUGAUUAUCAUGGGAUAAGUAAAGGGCAACUGGAAGUAAAACUGCAUACAGAAGAGUGCUGGCUGACAACCUUCCACCUACUGUGCUAGUUCUGAGUCUGAGCAUAGACCAUCUUUGGGAUCCUGGGACCCUGCCUCCACCCAUAAUAGAGCACUCCACAUCCACCCCUUGAAGUCCCAGGCUCUGGCACCAGCCCACAGUGACAUCCUUUUAGCCUGUGCUGUGGUGAAGCCUUUAGCUCAAGGGCAGAAUAGCAUGAAGUAUUAAGUCCUGCAAACCAGACAGAUUCAAGAUGAGACAGAUUCAGCAGCUUUCAGAACUCCAAGUCCACAAGCAAAAACAAAAAAGGGGGGGGGGGGGCUGGGAAAUGGAGCAAAUAGCAAAAGAAACACCUAAGCAUAGAAAAUUUCUAUGGAGACAAAGAGCAAGGCACAGAGUCAGUAGGGGACAAUGAGAUUCAAGCAACCAUAUGCAAAACUUUAAAGAAACAUUGGAAUUAGUUUCAGGUACUAGAACUCAAAAAGGAAUUAAAAAUCAGAUAAGAAAGGUGAAAGCAAGUUGGAAAUAGAAAUGAAAAUAAUGCAGAAAGAAAAUAACCACUUAAAAUGCAAAAGGUCAACUGGAAAAAGAGGCAAAAAAAAAUCUAGUGAAGAAAAGAGUUCCAUGAAAAGUAGAAUGGACCAAAAUGGAAAGGGAGGAUCAAAAGGUCCUGGAAGAAAUUCAUUCUUUAGAAAUUAGAAUUGGGCAAAUAGAAGCUAAUGACUUUACAAGACAUCAAGAAACAAUAAAAUCAAAUCAAAAGAAUAAAAUAGAAGAAAAUAUGAAAUAUCUCAUUGGAAAAAGAACUGACCUAGAAAAUAGAUCCAAGAGAGACAAUUUAAGAAUUAUUGGAUUACCUGAAAGGCAUUAUAAAAGAAAAAGGCCUAGACACCAUAUUACAAGAAAUUAUCCAAGAAAACUGCCUUGAUAUUCUUGAAUAAGAUGGUAAAGUAGAAAUUGAAAGAAUCCACAGAUCACCUCCUGUAAUAAAUCCCCAAAUGACAACUCCCAGGAAUGUUAUAACCAAGUUCAAGAGUUCCCAAGCCAAGGAGAAAAUACUACAAACAGCCAGAAAGAAACAAUUCAAAUGUCAUAGAGCUCCAGUCAGGAUUACACAGGAUCUGGCAGCUUCCAUAUUGAAAGAUUGGAUUCUGGAAGGCAAGAGAACUGGGUUUAAAAUAAGCAAGAAUCACCUAUCCAUAAAAACUGACUAUAUUAUUUCAUGGGAAAAUAUGACUAUUUAAUAAAAUAGAUUUCUAAGCAUUCCUGAAGACCAGACUUAAGCAAAAAAAUUAAUGUUCAAAUACAAAAUUCAAGGGAAGCAUAAAAAGGUAAAUAAGAAAAAUUAAAAAUCUAAGGGCCUUGAUAAGGUCAAAAUGUUUCUAUUCCUAUGUGGAUAUUUGUAUUUGUAAAGAUAUUUGUAACUUAAAAAUUUUUAUUAUUAUCUUGGUAGUUAGAAGAAGUAUACAAGCUGUUUAGGAUGAUAUGCAAAAAAAUCUAGAGGUAAAAAGGAUUGCAUUAAGAGAAAUGGGAAGAGAGAAGUAAAUGGAGUAAAUUAUAAUACAAAUUCCUAGAAAAUCAAUUAAACUAGUUGAAAUAAUAACUUUAGUAAAGUUGCAGGAUACAAAAAAAAAAAACACAUAAAUCCUCAGCAUUUCUAUAUAUUUCCAACAGAGCUCAGCAGCAAGAGUUAGAAGGAGAAACUUCAUUUAAAAUUACUCUAGACAAUAUAAAAUUCUUGGGAAUUUAUUUACCAAGACAAGCUCAAGAAUUAUAUAAACACCAUUACAAAGUACUUUCCACACUAAUAAAAUUAGAUCUAAAUAAUUGGAAAACCAUUAAUUGCUCAUAGGUAGGCUGAACUAAUACAAUAAAAAUGAUAAUCCUACUUUAAUUAAUUGACUUAUUCAGUAUCAUACCAACCAAACUACCAAAAAAACCUAUUUUAUAGAACUAGAACUGGAAAAACAGAAGAUCAAGAAUAUCAAGGGAACUAAUAAAAAAACGUGAAGGAUGGUGGCCUAGCAGUACCAGAUCUUAAAUUGUACUAUAAAGCAAUAAUCAUCAAACAAUCAGGUAAUGGCUAAGAAACAGAAAGGUGGGUCAAUGGAAUAGAUUAGGGGUAAAUGACCUCAGCAAUCUAGUAUUUAAUAAACUUAAAGAUCCCAGUUUUGGGGGUAAGAAUUUACUAUUUGACAAAAACUGCUGGGAAAAUUGAAAAACACUAUGGCAAAAAUUAGGUUUAGAUCAAUAUCUCACACCCCUAUAUCAGAACAAAGUCAAAAUGGAUAUAUAACUUAAACAUAAAACAUGAUAUUAUAAAUAAAUUUAGGGGAACAUAGAAUAGUUUAUCUGUCAGAUCUAUGGAGAAAGGAAGAAUUUAUGACCAAACAAGAUAGAAAAUAUUAGAUUAGAAUUAGUAAAAUCAAUAAUUUUGAUUAUGUUAAAAAGGUUUUGUACAAACAAAUCCAAAUGCAAUCAAGAUUAGAAGGGAAAUAACAAACUGGGAAAAUUAUUUUCGUAACAAAUUUCUCUGAUAAAGGUCCCAUUUCUGUGGAGAUUAACUGCCAAUUUUUAGAUUUAAUCACCUGAAGUGUAUACACUGCAUUUUAUCCUUAAGUGGGGGAGAUCUGUGACCCACAUGUGUGAUAGUAAGUAACAAAUCAGAAUUGACUGACUGCCCUCUGGGCAGUCCUAAGCAAAGCUAUAGCUGCAAUUAGCCCACAUAAAGUGGAAGGAAGGCACAGGAAGUGAUGAAAGGAAGGGUCUUUAAAAGUGGCAAGAACUUCCUAUGACCAACUUUUUUUACCUUCAGGUUUGGCCCUGGAGGAGCUCUGGCUGGGGACCUGUGACUGCUCUUUCAUUUUCCUUUAGGAUUACCAUGUGGGGGGAGACUCUCCAGGAUCAUCUUUUGGAUGUCCCUGUCACUCGGGAGCAACUAAACCACUACCGGAAAGUGGCAGAAAGUGCCCGCAGUGAGCUCGCUGCAUCUCUGGUCAAAUUCGAAUGUGUUCAGUCUGAGCUUCUGGAUCUCCGGUCUAAGAUGUUUUCUAAAGAAGUCUCAUGCCAAGAGUUGAAGGCUGAAAUGGAGAGUUAUAAAGAAAAUAAUGCAAGACAGUCUUCUCUUCUCAUAUCAUUGAGAGACAGGGUUCAGGAGACAGAGAAGGAAUCUGUAGCACUUGCCACAUCUAAAAUGAGAACAGAAAUAACAGUUCAUGCUGUGACCCAGGAGAACCAGGAUUUGAAGAAGAAAAUCACAGACUUAGAAGCUAAGUUAAAGAAGUAUUCAAAAGAAAAUGAAGAAAGCAAGAACCAAGCAGCAAAGAACAGCAGGAAACUUGAGGAACUCUUAAUCCACCUUUCUGGUUGUUUAGAAAUGGACAUGAAGAAUGAAGAAGAAUCUCAGGAGCAUUUAAUUUCAAAGGUUAGGGAGCUGCAUAAGGAAAAUAUACUUAAGAAAGAACAGAUUGUUACUCUUGAAGAGACUAUAAAUGUCCAUGAGAUGGAGGCAAAAGCCAGCAGACAGACCAUCAUGCGACUGGUUUCAGAAGUAAACAAAGAACAGAAAAAAACUGCUUCCUGCAUUGAAGAGAAAGAAAUGUUGAACAAGGACUUGAUCAGUGCUGUAGAAACAAAACAGAGUUUUGAGAGGGAAAUGAAGAUCUUACAAGAAAGGCUAGCUGUUGGCCAAAGAGCCUGGGAUGCCACUAAGAAGGAAUUGAGUCACUUGAAGAAAAGUUUCUUUGAAACAGAGAAGAGUUUGAAGAACAGCAUGGAAGAAGCAAAGACCUCUCAGAGCCUCUUCUGUUCAUUUGUGGAACAAAUUGCAGACCUUCUAAGUAGAAACUCAAUGAUGGUUAAGCCUACAAAGGAAGAUGUUUUGGACAGGAUACAGGAAAUGAGCAAACAGGAAGCAAAGAGGAAACAAAUGGUUUCCCAGCUUGAAGCUCAAAUAGCUAAACUGACUGAACAAUUGGAGAAUGAGACAGGACUUCACCAGAAAGCUCUGCAAAGGGCCCAGAAAGCAGAAAAGCAUUUCGAGAAUCUUCAGGGUCAAUUGACACACCUAGAGGGGGAAUUGGUGUCUGGAGAUGUUCUACUAGACAGUUUGAGCCUUGAGAAACAAAAAUAUCUUAAAUUUGUGGAUCAGCUUUCAGAGAAGAUGAAGCUAGAUGAAAUGACUGCUGAACUUGGCUUUGACAUGCGUCUCGAGGCAGUUUUAGCUCGUGCAGAGCAGCUGGUCCGUCUUGAGAGCAAUGCAGUUAUUGAAAACAAGACCAUGGCCCAUAGCUUACAGAGAAAGCUAAAGGCUCAGAAAGAAAGGCUGGAGAGCCGAGAGCUGCACAUGAACCUUCUACGGCAAAAAAUAAUCCAGUUGGAAGAGGAGAGGCAGGUUCGCACAGCCUUGGCUGUGGAGAAGGAUGAGGCCAACCUUACCAUCAGGAAACUGCAGAAGAUGGUGGAGAGAUUGCAAAAGGAGAUAAAAGUGGCCCGGGAAUCAAACACCGAGCUCAAAGCCAAACUCUCAGAUACCAAUGAGCUCAAGAUUAAAACUCUGGAACAGACCAAAACCAUAGAAAACCUAAACAAAUCCAGGGGCAAAUUGGAGAAGAUGAAGGAGAAGGUGGAGAAACAGUUGAUUUCUAUUAAGUCAGAGUUGGAUAUAACUGAACAUGAAGCAAAGGAGGAUAAAGAGAGGGCUAAAACCAUGCUAGAUGUUGUUACCAGUGAAAUGAAAACACUGAAGACCACAUUAGAAGAAACAACCAAAAGGGAGAAACAGCUGGUGGACUUCAGGGAGGUGGUUUCACGGAUGAUGGGCCUAAAUAUUACCAGUCUUGCUGUCCCUGACUAUGAAAUCAUCAAAUGUCUUGAAAGACUCAUCCAUUCUCAUCAGCACCAUUUUGUUCCCUGUGCCUGCCUUAAAGACAUGACUAUUGGACAGGACAGGUCCCCACAGGACCACAUAAAACUUCUACACUGAUCUCUGCCUCACUUGUGGGAGGUGGCGUUGGAUGAUGGUUGGUGCUUUUUUCACUUUGCCAUUUGUUUGAGUAGAUGAAUCAAUGUCUGGAUUCCAUGCCUGUGGAGGAUCUCCCCUGAGGCACAAAGCUGAAUGGUUUCCAGGCUUAGGUUCAAAUUUUAAUUAUGGAAACAUCCCAGUUAUUUCUUGUGUCAUCAUCUGGAGAUAGAGCCAAUGGAGGCUGAUCUCUUUCAUUCCAUAUCCUUUAGCAAGGAUAAAUUGUAUAAUUUCCUCACUAAUGCUGAUUAGGGCUUAAGGAAGGUGGAUUCUCAAUCUUUUCUGUGAGAAAAAGCAUGAGAUACAAAUAAUCCUUUCUCUUGAAACUGAAUCUCUUUAAUCUUUUGUAAAUAAGUGCUUUGGGUUGCAAAUGAAUAAAUGAAAAAGCAUUUUAAAAAGCUCUUACUUUCUGUCUUAGAAUUGAUACAAGUAUUGUUUCAAAGACAGAAAAAUGGUAAGGGCUAGACAAUGAAGGUUAAGCAGCUUUCCCAGGGUCACUGAGCUUGGAAGUGUCUGAGGGCAGAUUUAAAUCUUGGUUCUCCUGACUGCAGCUCUCUACCAAUCACCCCCUUAGCUGCUCUCCACAAAAGUACUUCUUAAGCACAUAUGUACCAGGCACUGUGCAAAGGGAUAGACUCAGCAUUUUUAAUUCUUUUACCAAGCAAAUAAGUCAGUUUGUUAAAAAUUCCCCCCCUCUUUUCCUUUCCUCUCCCAUUUGUCUAAGACAGAAAUGGAUUGUAAGUUCUACUCAUAUUUCAUCUUCCUUUUCUGAAUCCUUUCCUGUCUUUUCACUGCAAGCAUAUUUUUUCCUAGGGAUCAAAUUCUUAACAUCAGGGAAAAAAUGUAUUGAAAUUUUCAUUAAUAUAGCAUUUACCUGCCUUUAAAAGGGAGUUUCUCUGAGCUUCACUGUAAUACUUUGCUGAAACAUCAACGUACCCUGAGGAAGAAACUGGAGGUGACACAUGAGCAAAUCAAACCACUUCCACCUUGACCUCUACCUUCCCUCUGACCAGAGACAGCCCAAGACUGACCCCAAUAGCAGCACCCUUUGCUACUGGCCUUUCUUCCACCAUCACGGAUGGGAACCGCCACUCUGGAGAAGGGACCCACUUUCUUCAGUACCGCCAACACCAAAUGCUUACAACUGACACCAUCUGGCAGGCAAACCCGAGAGCCCUGGAAGUGCCAGCCCUUCCGCCCCCCCUGCUUCCCAGUCCCCCCCCCCCCCCCCCUAGCUAUUAUCUCCUGGAAAGCAACCCUGGAGAAGGCACAGCCUGGCAGCUGCUUCUGAGGAUGCCGCAGUCACAGCUACUGGAAGGGGAAAAGAAGAGUUUUUACCAUCUAAAUCCUCCACUCUGUCAAAUGGCUCAACAUCUAAAACCCAUAUGAUUUUGUCAGUGGAAAUGGUAUUAAAAAGGAUGCAUUUGCAUCUGUUUUGCUAGUGUACCCCGAGGAUCAUGGGGCAUCCCCAAUUAGGACCAGAGCCCCUCUUCCUUUUCCUUUUGUAUUUCCAAAUCCCAAAUACAAAGAUUUGAUUGAGGUAGGUGGUGUGGUAUGGAUGUGUGGAGGGAUCAAUGAGGGAGACCUAGCAACCUUAGCUCUCUCUUCUCCCAGAUGCCCAGCUGCAGCCUCUGGAAGCCUCCUCACACUCUCUGCUAAACAUUUUUUUAGCUGUUUCAAAAGUUGUUAUAUGGUCGAGAUAUGGAUGCCAAAAGAGCCCAAGGAACAACUCAGUUCAAACUAGACACUAGAAUGGAAUGUGAUAACUCUUAAAAAAACAACAACAAACCAACACAUAUUGUUCUUUACUCCUCCUCCCCCACCCCCAUCUUCCCCCCAAUCUCUGACAGGAGACAUAACAGAAGUGCUUACUGAAUGAAAGAAUGAUGUCUAAACAGUUUGAAUUUUUGAUCUAUCUCUGAAAUUUAGUGAAAUCAAUUGGCUUUAAUUUGUCUUAGCUAUUUUCUAAAAAUAGCUUUAGCAUGUUCUCAGUUGAUAUCAUUUUUGUUUAAAAAUACAAAAUAUCAGAAGUCUUUUUCUUUUCUAAUUAGAGAUUUAAGGUAAUCAAGUAUAUAUUCAAGUUCACAUAAGAGGUUGAAAUUGAUAAAUAAUAGGUACCACAUGAGAUAUACAUUUAAAAUACUUCUAUUACAUAUCUCAAAAUGUGUAUAACAAAAUAAUAUUAUAUAGGCAUAUUACAUGUCUAUAUAACAUAGCAUCUGUAUAAUAUAAUAUAAUAAGACAAAUAGAAACAUAAUAUAAGGAAAUCAUUCAGAAUUUCUAGUAGAAAAGGUAUGAGAUAAAAUGAUAUUUACUAUACCUGUUCCCUCUGACAUAUUCCUCCCACACAUAUAACACAUAUAUGCAUACCCUGUCACAUAGACAUUAGUUGAUUUUGUAAUUUUGAAAAUGUAAAAUUUGAAAUAUUUUAAUAAAAUUUAUUUUCUUUAUGUGAAAAUUUUAUUGUUUGACAAUCAAUGAAUGAAUGCCACAAAGUGUAAAUCUAUAAUUAAUUUUCACUAUUAAUAAGGAAGUUAUUGUAUUCUAUAAUAAAGUUCAUGUAUAUUUUGUGUUGCACAAUAAAAUAUAUUAGAUUUAUCUAAUGCCCUGGAUAAUGUCCUUUUAUAAAAAAAUCAUAAUUAUUGUUGAUAAAUGAAUUUGUCUUGAUCAGGCUUGUCAUUGAUUCAUUGAGCCUAAUUUCUGAGAAAUUAUGUUUAGACAAAGGGCCUUUGAGAUAUGUUGAAUAAUUUCUCCCCUUUCUCUAAAUUUCCAAUUUUUCUGAAUACAUUUGUCUUAUGUUAAGCAGGAAGUGAUUGGAGAACAUAUGAUAAUGCCUGUGACUCUAUUAAGGAAAUAGACCACUUGGAGGUAUCGAGUGGCUGACUAUCUGGAGGUCAUCUCUUCCUUCUCAAAUUUCUCAUAUCCCUUUGCUUUUGCUUCUCUGUAUUUACCUCAUUCCCUCUAGAAUCAUGGUUUAUUUGUCUAUAGAUCUCUUACUCCUGCAUUAGAUUAUAAGCUCCUUGAGAGCAGGCAUAGAGUGCCUAGCACACAAUAAAGGUAUAAUAAAUCUUUAUUGACUUGCACCUAUUGUGGUGAUAGGAAACUUCUUUAGACUGGCUUAUUUUGACUUUUAGGAAUAUAACUUUUGGCUACUUAUGGAAGUAUGGAGCAGCUGUCUUAUUUAC